AUGGCUUCAAAUCAGACAACCUCAAAUCCGGAUUGGCCUUCCCCGGCGCCAGUCUCACUUUUAUUUAUUGUUGGAGUUGUGGGGAAUGCUUUGGCUCUCUUUAUCCUCUUUUCUUCCUACAAGACUCACAAAUGGCGCCCGUUCUAUCGCUAUGUUGCUGGGCUGGCAGUGACGGACAGCUGUGGAGUAUUUCUGACUUGUCCCUUUGUUAUUCUUCGAUACGCGUCUGGUUUUCAGUAUGAUUUUCCUGAUCCCCUUUGUGAUUUUAUUGCCUUUAUUUUGAUGUUCAUGAUCCUUGGUUCGGCGUUCAUUGUUUGUGCCAUGUCCCUGGACCGUUUUCUAGCCAUUCUUUAUCCACACAUCUACAAUACUGCAACCAAAAACAGGAGAGCUACUCUCACGUUACUGGGGAUUUGGACUUUUUCUGGCUUCAUAUCAAGUCUACAUAUAAUAACCAAAAGUGAAAGUGUGAGGUUUUUUCCAGGUACAUGGUGUUUUCAUGACUUUUUGGAUGUUGCCACAAAGGGUAGGGUGCUGACAAUGUUAUAUUCUCUCAUAGGAAUCUUGAUUCUAGUCACCACAGCAGUUCUGAACGCGUUAGUUAUCUGUAGCUUCUGUCGAAACAUCCGCCAGAAGAGAAAGAAAACGAUGAAGAGGGAUAUCUUUAUUAUCAUUUUCCUCAUUCUCACAGUCAUUGUGUUUAGUAUCUGCAUAUCACCUCUUUUAAUAGUCAUGUUUUGUCAUGCCAUUGGAACCAUUUCUGGAGACGGAAAAUUAGAGCGCAUAGCAUUACGCAUUUCUUUCACGAAUGCAAUAAUUGACCCUUGGAUCUAUAUUGUGUUUCGGAAGGAGACAGUGGAAUUUUUGCUGCGUAGGGUUUGUAAGUGUUGUCUUGUUUUAUACCCUGACACAGAGGACAGCACUCGAUCUUCUACUAAACAACCUGAGAUGUCUGUUACAAAAACUUCACAAGACGGAGAGAACGUUAGAUAAGUGAUUCUAUUUAAUAAAAUGUAAAUACUCAGUAUUCUA